UGGAUAAAAACAACAGGAAAUUCGGCUUCGACAGUCAUGAGAGUUGAACAGGGUGAAAAUGGAGAUAACUCAACGAAUUCGACCCAAAUGCUAAUCAGUCAACUGAAGGAGAUCACUGGCAUCCAAGACCCACAGCUCCUCCACAGAGCCCUCAGUGCCGGCCAAGGUGACAUUGGUCAUGCUGUUGGACUGUUGACAGCACAGCCGCCAGAGGUUCAGGACCCUGGGGAACCAGAAAAUACAGACCCCAAAGGAGAAGGCUGGGAGAGCCAGAAAGGACUCCAUAAAGAUGACCUACAGGCCGCCAUAGAGCUCAGCCUUCAGGAGUCCAAAGAUGCCCUCACGGAGGAGAGCGAUUUGAACAAGGCUCUGGAGGCCAGUGCUGAGGAGAGCACAGCCAGAGGGAAACGGAAAAGAUGCGAAGCCCAGAGUGAACUCUGCAGCCCUGCGGACUGGAUCCGCCAGGAAGACUGGCCUGUGGGCAUCCGCAAUGUAGGCAACACCUGCUGGUUCAGUGCCGUCAUCCAGUCCUUGUUCCACCUGCCUGUAUUUCGGAGACUGGUGCUCAACUACGCUCUGUCUGAGCGUGUGCUGGAAAAGUGUAAGAGCCAUUCAGACAAGAGGAACAUAGCUUUCAUGCAGGAACUGCGUUGUCUCUUCGCCCUCAUGGUGGGCUCCAACCGCAGGUUUGUGGACCCGUCUGCAGCGGUGGAGUUACUGCGAGAAGCCUUCAGGACCAACGAAGCCCAGCAGGAUGUCAGUGAGUUUACCCACAAACUUUUGGACUGGCUAGAGGAUGCCUUUCAACUGGUGGCCAAUGGCAAUAACCAAGAGGACAAACAGAAAAACCCCAUGGUCCAGCUUUUUUAUGGUACAUUUGUCACAGAGAGAAGACACGAAGGCAAGACUUUAUCCAACAUCGAGCAGUUUGGGCAAUAUCCGCUGCAAGUCAAUGGUUUCAACAACCUGGACGAAUGUCUAGAAGGUGCCAUGGUGGAGAGGGAGAUCGAGCCCAUACACUCAGAUCAAGUCGUUUCAUCUGGUCGCGAGAGGUGGUUCUCAAAGUUACCACCAGUGCUGACCUUUGAACUGUCCAGAUUUGAGUUCAACGCCCAACUCGGACGCCCUGAGAAGAUACACAAGAAAUUAGAGUUCCCACAAAUCAUAUAUAUGGACAGAUAUCUUCAUAAAAACAUAGAACAGACCCAUGGGAGGAGGGGAGAAGUGAAAAGAUUGAAGGAGCAACUUGCCAUCCUCCAACAGAAACUUGAGUGCUAUAAAAACUACGGCUCGGGGCCUACCAAGUAUCCCUUGGCUGACAUGCUGCAGUUUGUGCUGGAGUUUGCCAUGACCAAGCCUACAAGUGUGUCCCCAGCCGAGGACCUGAGGCCAGCCGCCUCUUCGCCUACUCCUCCUGGUCAUCAUCUCACAGAGCCCGUCUCCGAAGACAGCAGUCAGGCCAAACCAGUACUAGACUCAAGUCCAUCAGAGGGCUUGGUCGCCAACUGCCAGAGGACCCCCAUCUACAAGCCCUUUACCCAGUGCAGACCUCCCAUGGACUACCCACCUCACCCAGCCCCCCACAGCAUCACGGAAGAAGAGCUUCACUUUUUUAAAACCUGCCUACAGCGUUGGAGGACUGAGGUGGAGAACAACAUGAAUGAGCUAAAGGCCAACAUUGACCGGAUUAACCAAAUAUUGGAAGGCAUGUAUGCAGAUAAUACCCUCUGUCAGGUGCCAUACAAGCUCCAUGCAGUGCUGGUCCAUGAAGGCCAGGCAUCAGCUGGGCACUACUGGGCCUAUAUCUACGACCACGCCAACCAGCGCUGGAUGAAGUAUAACGACAUCACCAUUACUGAGUCGUCCUGGGAGGAGCUGGUGCGGGACUCUUAUGGUGGUGUGACCAACGCCAGUGCCUACUGUCUGAUGUACAUUGAUGACAGGUUGGCCCACCUCAUCGCAGAAGACACAGAUGAUGAGACAGGCCAGGUCCUGCACGGCAUGGAUUCCCUUCCGCCGAUCCUCAGGCGCUAUGUCCAUGAUGAUAACCGCUGGUUCCAGCAGGAGAUCACUGAGUGGGAGGAGCAGUAUUGUCAGGCAGCAUCUUCGCAAGGAGAGCACGCCUCAUUUCCAGCUGCAGCUGCAGCAGCAGCAGCAGCAGCACCACCACCACCAGAAUCCUCCAGCCCAAGUCCCUCCACAACACAGCAGAUGACAGAAGAACCAGCCCUGCAGUCAGAACUUCCCACAGAGGAGCUGGACCAGGAGACUUCUCUCUCCCUCUCUCCCUCUCAACCCCAGAGCAGUCCCCCUGAAACCAAGACAAGAAGCCAGGAAACAAGAGACCUCCCUGUGGAGCAGGAAGACAGAGCUGAGGCAGUCUCCAGUGUUGACACCAGCUCUGGUUCCACUGAUGGUAGCGCCACUGAGCUGGGCCCAGAACUGAGGGAAGCUGAGGCCAGGGCAUCCAGUGCAGCACCGGAAACUGAAUCAACCCCAGCUGAUGAACAGCAGGAAGAAGAGGCCCCUGUUAGACAGCGACAGCGUCAGCGUCAGCCAGAGAAUGAGGUUUCAGAAGUUGAAAUCCCCAAUGUGGGAAGGAUCAUGGUGAGGGCUGACGCCGAUGGAUACAACGAAGAGAUGAUGCUGACACCUGCUAUGCAAGGCAUUAUCAUGGCCAUAGCCAAGGCCAGACAUGCCUUCGAUAAGGAUGGUCCUGAGGCUGGCCUCAUUAAGGCAUUCCACGAGGAGUAUUGCCGCCUUUUCGAGCUGUCCCAAGAAAAGAUCACACUCCAGGAAGACGUACGCCUCCAGCAUGUCCUGGUCUAUUUCUUUCAGAACAAGGCCCCAAAACGUAUCAUCGAAAGGGCACUGCUGGAGCAGUUCACCGACCGGAAUCUCAGCUUCGAUGAGAGGGCCAUCAGUAUCAUGAGGGAAGCCCGAGCCAAGCUGCGCCUCAUCAAGCCAGAGGAUAUGGACAUGGAUGAAUACCUGCAGUGGCAUGAGGACUACAGACUGUUCCGGACAGUGUUUGUCUACCUUCUGACGGGUCUGGAACAGUACCAGCAUGGGAAGGUGCGGGAUGCAUUAAUCUACCUCGCUCAUGCCUACCAGAACAAUGCAAUCCUGCUGAGGAAUGGGGAGCAGAGGGGCGUGGAGCAGUCUGUUAUUGCACUUUACCGGAGAAAAUGCCUCACGGGACUGAAUGAGAGCGCAUCACAGCUGUUUUGCAGCGGUGAUGAGAGUGAGGUGGAGGAGGCCGUAGCCAUCAUGAAUGACAUAGUCAUCCCCUGCCUGCACCUAAUGAGCCGUGACACGGGCUUAUCCCAGGAAGACCGUGAUGUCAUGGAGCACAUCCGCAGCCAUUGGUGCUCCUGCCUGGGCAGAGAUAUGGAUGACUCCUUGCAUGUGAAGCUGGGUGAAUUCCUGCCCAGGGUCUUGGACUGUUCCGCUGAGAUGGUGGUGUUGAAGGACCCGCCUAAGGUGCACCUAAACUUCUCCCAUGACUUGUGUAGUCGCUUGGCUGCUGUCAUGGAGUCCAUACACAACACUUCUGUUGUCAGUGUUAAAUAAGGUCCUGGGCAGAGGAAUAAGGUCACUCAGUAGCUGAAUGGCCAACAAACUCCUCUAUUGCCCUUGUACAGGGGUUACAACAAGAUUUGUGAAGCACAUCAAUGGAUAGUGUCUAAUAGUUUUUUUAUACGUUGUUUUUUAAUUACUUUUUAAUGUGCUCAACAAGAACAGAGAAAUCCUAUUUCUAGGUAAAGCUUGGAAGCAUAUCGCAAUAGGAGGCAUUUCUGUGGGCCAAAACUAUUGUGAAUAAAAAUAAAAAUUUUAACAUGAUGUUAUGUAAACAUUGAGGUAUGUGGGAUGAAUGCAAGAGGAGAGCAUGUGGUAUCAUAGCUGCAAAUAGUAUGAAUAAAUUAAUGCUACAAACCAGGAUUUGCAGUGAACAAAGUCCAACCUGUUGGACAAUAUGGCUACAGAUAUUUCUAGCUGCGAAAAAGUACUGUAUUUUCUGCUUUUCACUGCUUUUUCAUUUACAGUAUGUGAUCACAUUCAAUAAAGCUUUUGAACUUCCUUCCUGUA